AUGGCUCAGUACAUUCCUGGCAGCUCCGUCACCAUCUCCGCCUCCCUCUCAGCACUCGCCCAUCAGCCCGUCGUUGACGAUGCCCAUGUAGUCAGCAACCUCCCCCGCGUAUGUGUCGAUUACCUCAGCCACAACUGGCAGGAAGAGGAUGUCUGGAAGAGCUGGCGCAGCAUGACCAGACACAAACACGAGAUUGCCAACGGCGUCCGCCUCGAGAACGCCAGUUGGCGCACCUGGUGGAAGCAGCGGAACAAGCUUCGUACGGUCAGCCCGGAAACACUCAACUGGCUCAAAGACAGUGAUGUCACUUGGUUGUAUGGCCCCUUGCACACUGCGGAACCUGUCCCAGCCCACAAGGAACCCACGCUAUCCGACAAGCUUGAUCUCAUGAAAUCAGCCGGGAAAAAGCCUAUUCUCAAGCACCGCACUCUCACUGAACUUCUUUCAUUACCUCGUCCAGCUUCACCGAUUCUCGAAUCGUCCGACCUGACCGAUGAGGAAAGUAUCGACUACAGCACCGAAGCUGGGGUCAGACCACCGCUCGCUCAUACCAAGUCUGACACAAACAUAAUUCGUCGGCCAAGUAAUCGAAGAAUAUCGCCCCCUCGUGUCGCUCAGAGCAUGAGUGACAAAUCUGCCCAUCAAGAGAACCCCGUUCCUACCCUUCAGGUCAACGGGCUCGAAAAGACCCGCUCUCGUGGUAGCGAAUCUUCUAAUUCGCCUCGAGGUGGAUCUUCCGAUAUCGAGUCUAACAGUGGCAAGGAGCGACGACAUAUUCAUUUUAACACCUUCGUGGAACAGUGUAUAUCGAUUGAUAAACCGCGGAGCCCGAGCGGCGACGACGACUCUGAGGACGAGGAGGCCGAUGAUGACAUUCUUGAAAUGCGUUCCAUCAGCGGUUCCAGCACGACAUCGGUUGUGUCCAAUAUUCGCCCCUCAUUUACACGACGUGAUUCGAGUGACAAGGACUUGGUUAGCAUUGCCCCGAUCGCGCCUACUGUUCUCAAAUCCUCGGAUCCACACCCCGCACCUAGCCCUGCGGUUGUCUUUGUCCCACCUAAUGGCUCUUUUUACGAGGGUGAACAUCAAAUGCUACAAUAUCACGCUCAGCAACAAAACAACGAGAAUUAUACGCCACCCCCCGCCAACGUAAUAAAUUACGCUCCCCCUUCGUCUACCUCUUCUUCUACUUCGUCGCGCUCAAAUUGGGAAGACGAAGACGAAGAUUACGGCGUGGGGUUUGACUACUUUGGUGGUCCAGAUCUUGGGAUUGAGGACCAGCCAUCAUCUGUGUCAAGUGACGUUUCCACCACUCCCACCCAACGAGAUGCACAAUUGGCUCAUAGUGUUGCUGAAGCGCUAGCUGGUCGCAAGGACCGGGAGGACGAGCAUGCUACAUCCUCCAACUCGUCACACCAAUCCGAUUCGACUGUCCAAGCUCCGGCUCAGCGAUCUCCGGUAGUAGCUAAUGGCCGCCAUAGAUCAUCCCUUUCCUCUCAGUCUCCUCCGACGCGAUCUCCCCCGCGACCUGGACGGAGCAUUUUGAAAAACGCAGAUUCUGGAAGUAGUGUCCCUGCCGCAUAUCGUGGAUCAUACGAAUCUCCCCCGGACUCUGCUUAUCUCUCCCCUACAGACCUACGCGGAAGGUCGUUAUCUCCGGGGGGAGAGGAACGUGGCCGUUCGAACGUACGAACUCCCCCUGCCAUCGAAGAACGGGAACGGAGCUCAAGUCGCGGGACCAGCAGUCCCAUCGGCUCGGUCUCUCCUAAUUCGUCUAGACCCGGCUCAGCCUUGGGUAGGCGCCGCACAGAUAGGGGAAGCGCAACCACAGGGGAGGAUGCAUCUCGUACGGUGCCCAUCGGGGUGGUGGCCAAUGCGAUCGUGAGUUCGUCUGGGGGUUCUUCCAACAACCGAAAACCAAAAUUUGCCCAGGGAACGGCGCGGCCGAGCCUAGUCAUCAAUCACUCACCCGUAUCGAAAGAAGACGCGACAAGUGGUAGCCUUGAGGAAGGCGUCAGCGGCGCCGAGCUCGAGCGCAGACGGGACGAUUUCUGGGCAGAUUCGACGGACUACGCGCCUCCACCCGUGAUACACCAAGCGACCAAAUCCGUACAACAGGAAAAGCCACGCAAGGCUGCGGAUGAUCAGGCACAUGCCCAGGAUGAGGUUGACGAUGGUGGAUCUCAGUACAGUUACGUGAAAGGUGGUAAUGCGCCUGCCAACAAGACACCGGCAAAUUCCCCUGUCAUGCAUCGCUCGCGACCCCUACCUUCUGAAGUCGACAUGGCGAAACACUUGCCCCAUGUCUCUACUCCUUUGCCCCCCACUCCUCCCCACACUGCGGCCAGCACAAGCCUAGCACAGAACAAACCCGGGGAGCAUGUAGACGAUCCCACGAUAGUAGGCCGGGCUGUGGACAUUGUCCAUUCUGCCAAAGGGUACUUUGGUGCGAUAUGGAACGGGCGUGGUCCAGUUCCGGUUGAAGAAAAGGUAACACCGUAG